AUGUCAUUUAGAAUCCAGGAGGGAGACAAGCAAAAAAAUGCAGCUGAAGAGACUGUAGAAAGGAGACUCUCUCAGGGUCUCAAAUUUGACUGCAGACGAUACCAAAAAGAUAAACGAGGCCAGUUAAACUGCCCUAGGAAAUAUGCACCAGUGUGUGGAACUGAUGGUCUUACAUAUGGCAACGAAUGUAUGCUGUGCAGCAAAAUCAUGUGUGGAAGUGCUGUAGAUCUGACACAUGAAGGAAGAUGUGAUGAAUGCAGUGAGUUUCUAGAGCCAGAGAAGGGCCACCCUCCAGUGUGCACAGCAGAUCAUGGGCCUGUUUGUGGCAGUGAUAAUGUGACAUACCCAAACAAGUGUGAUUUUUGUGCUGCCAAGAAGAAGAGUGGAGGAACCCUUGAGAUACAGAAAGAGGGAGAAUGUCCAAAAGAGCCAUACGUCUGCAGUGACCACUCAGAAACAGAGAAAUGCACUAAUGAAGACAACCCUGUCUGUUCUACCACAGCAGUGACGUAUGCUAACAAAUGCCUCUUCUGUGUAGCAUGGAGGGCAAGUGAAGGUCAUUUAACCAUUAUUCAUGAUGGUGAAUGUGAGCUAAAGGACAAGUGCAGUGUAUUUCCAGAGCCAGAGAAGGAUGAACCUUUUAUGUGCACACUGAUAUAUAAUCCUGUUUGCGGCAGCGAUGAUGUGACAUAUACCAACUUAUGCUACUUCUGCAAUGCCAAAAGGGGAAGAGAAGGCAAUCUAACUGUUGUUCAUGAGGGUGAAUGUAAGCCAAAGAGUGAAUGUAGUGCAUUUCCAGAGCCAGAGAAGGAUGAACCUAUUAUAUGCACUAUGGAAUUUAGGCCUCUUUGUGGCAGUGAUGGUGAGACAUAUGACAACUUAUGCCUGUUUUGUGCUGCCAAAUGGAAACGUGGAGGUAAUUUAACCAUUAUUCAUGAGGGUGAAUGUGAGCCAAAGGAAACAUGA